AUGACAACACCAAUUGAAGAACUCAUCAAAAAUGCUAUUGAAAUAAAGGAUAUAUUUACUGUUAAAGAAAUGACAAGAAUUACUGGAAUACAAGCAAACCAAAGAAAUAAAAUUUAUCCAUUAUUAUUAGGUAUAAGAGAAGGAAUGAAACUAAAUAUGGAAAAAGUUGUAGAAACAGAUAAAUUCCUUCCUUUUUAUACCCCAAUUUUUUCUUCAAAUCUUUCUGAGAUUAUGAAAAGUCUUGCUCUUAUAAUUGGUAAUCUUAAAGGAGAUGAAAUGGCACUUGCACAAGUGGCUUUACCUUUGUUAUCACUUGAUUUAGAAACAGAUCAAAUUUGUUCUCUUGUUGAUAAAAUUGUUAAUUUGUAUAUUCCAUUAAUUAAAGAAGAAAACAAAGAAGUUGUUGAAGGAAUAUAUGUUAUUUUCAAUUUGAUUAUUCAAUAUCAUUGUCCAGAAUUAAUUAAAAAAUUUACAGAAGUAAAAGUUGAUUUAAAACAAUUUGUAGUUAAUGAAGUCUGUAUGUUAUGUCUCCCAUUGAUAGAAUCAAUUCAAGGAAAGUUACAAUUAAUCGAUCAAUUAUUACUCUCUUCUGAUCAAAUGCUUCAUUUUUAUGUAUUAAUUUCACAUAUUAUUUUAUUAAAAGAUACUUUAUUAAAAGCACCUUCAGCUGAAGCAGUUAUUAGUGGAAUUAACUCUAAAAUUUCAGAAGAUGAAAUAAAGAAAGUAGUUGGAUUUGCUAAGGCUCUUGUAAGUAAUACACCAAUUUCAAUAACCAAACAAUUAUUUGCUUGUAUUACAAAUUCUCCUCAAUACCAGAGAUGGGUUUAUUCAACUAUUACUACAGGAAAUGUUGCUAUUGUUUCUCCAAAAGAUAUUUUUGCUGAUAAAAAUAGUAGAGGAUUUUCACUAUUUCUUAUUGAUGGAAGAAAUAGAGAGAUGUACCUUAGUGGAACUAUUCCAGGAGCUAUCAAUAUUGAUGCUAGUUCAAUUCAGAGUGAGCCUGAAAAUAUUGAGAAUUUUAUUAAAGAUAUUGAAGGUCUUAAGAAAAGUAAUACCCAUAUUGUUGUAUUUGGAAAUACUGACCAUAGAGAUGCUGUAGAACAAAUCCAACAAAUAAUGAUUUGGUUAAUAAAAAAUGGAUUCAAGCAUGUUUCAGAAUUGCAUAAUGGUUUUACUGGUUAUCAUUAUUUAUUUGAUAAUGAAAAAGGAUUUCCUGUAGAAAACCAUUCACUUACAAAUUGCAGUAUUUGUCGAAAACAAGGUGUAGAAGGGGUUAAUAAUUUGAUUAGAGCUACAGAAAAUGUUGGAACAAAAGCUUUUGAAUUUGCUAAGGGUUGGUUUGGAACAGCUGUUGCCUCUAUGACAGUUAAAGAAAGUGAUAAUGUAAAAGAUGUAAAAGAUAUUCAACAAGAAACCACUCAAAUUCAAAAAGAAGAAAAGAAAGUUGAAGGAAAUAAGGAAGAGAGUGAUUAUUAUGAAGAAUUAAUGAAAACAGAAUUCCAUAUGAAAGGUGAAAUUAUUGGUGAUAAGAACGAAAGUGUCAUUGUUAUUGGAACUAAUAGAGAAAUGAUUUUGAUUAAUGAGGUUGACGGAAAGUAUCAAUUAAUUAAAAAAAUUCCAUUAGUAUUAUUGAAGAAAAUCUCUUUGAAAAAAGCAACUCCAGGUGUUGUUACUUUCAAUGGUGUUCCACCUCAUUUACCACUUACUAUUAAAUUCGAAAAUGUUAAAUCCUUCUUACAAUUUUUGAAAAGUAAAUCAGUCAAAAAAGAAAAUAAGAAAACUGACUAA